UGUUACUCACACAGGUUAUUUUAGGAAAGACGAAAAUCUGAAAUGUGUAGGAUGCAAUAGAAUACACCAGAAUCCUUUUCGAUGUUUAGUUAGUUUGUGAAUUUCAGUUCGACAUCGACUUCUGAAGUACCUAAGUUCAUUUCAAAGAAGUGAAACAUAAUGUCUAUGGUACCACUCAUCUACAGAGACUGGUGGGACGAUGAAGAUUUUUACCGUCCUUCUCGUCUUUUCGACCAGAACUUCGGUCUUGGUCUUCGCAGGGAUGACCUUAUCAACUCCCUGAGCACGAUCCGCCCAAGAAGUCCUGUUUUCAGAAGCAGCUACCUUCGUCCUUGGAGUCCAUCUCCUCUUCUCCAAAGACAAAAUUCUGCCUCAACCAUUUCGAACGAUAAAGAAAAGUUCCAGGUCAUACUUGACGUACAACAGUUCACUCCAGAAGAAAUAACAGUUAAAACUUCUGGGAAAAGUAUUGUUGUAGAGGGUAAACACGAGGAGAAACAAGAUGAGCACGGAUACAUUUCUAGGCAUUUUGUGAGGAGGUAUAUAUUGCCAGAAGAUCAUAAUAUUGAGGAUGUUGUAUCUUCAUUGUCUUCUGAUGGAAUACUCACGGUCACUGCUCCCAAGAAACAGAUUCUACCAGCUACUGGAGAUCGCGUUAUUCCCAUUACACAGACUGGACCUGCGAAGCCUACUGUUCAGCCUGUUACCGAAACAAAUCAGCCAAAAGUUGAGCAACCAGCAAAGUAGUUUGGCUAUUGAAGCUUUGGGAAAUGUAUGAAUAAUUUUUAAUGUCGUUUUCAUAUUUUGCUUGUCUUUAUUUGGUAUUGAUGUUUUCUAAUUGAAUGACGUUACCAAGCUAUUCAUAUAUUUUUAACCCUGUACUGAAUUAUAUCCAGAAUAUAAUAUAUUCUGCACAAUCAUACAAGAAUGAAUCUACAUAUUUAUGUACAUACUUAUAAUCAGAUAUUAUUUUUUUAAUGAGUUAUGUAAGAUUAUAUCGAAUGAAGGAAAUAUAAAAGUACAGAUAACGUAGUGUCACUUUCUGUAAUUAACAUAUGCUGCUCGAAUUGAUAUGAAUAAAACACUGCAAAUUUCA